AUGCUUCCCCGAGCAGCGCUCCGGGCGACGCUGCGACCGGCCAUUCGCGCAAACCUCACAUGUUCCUCCCUCCGCCAUGCCAGCGCAAAGAAAGGGCCAUCUUCAUCCACAUCAACAUCCACCAAAAAGACUGCAUCUCCUGUGACGCCCGCCAGCAAAAGGCCUCCACCUCCACCUCCUCCCCCUCCCCCGAAAGCCCAUCAAAGCCCCGUCUCGGGCGCCACACGACAGACAUCUCCGGGCACAUCCAUCCCCAAGGAUCAGACAUGGAAGCCGGCCGACGGCAUCAAGCUUGCUGCUGCUGCAAACAAUGCGGCCAAAGGAGGAGCUGCAUCGCCUGUCGAAGGCGUCAGACCGGAGGAGACGGUGCAUGAUUCCCCCACGACAUCGGCGCAAGAGCCUCUGGCGCAAAAGUGGGACGCCGAUGAGCCCGUUCCCGGCAGCGUGAGAGAUGUCGCCAAGGACAAGAUGGCGGCGAGUGAAAACACGCCGGAAAGCGCGCAGUCCUCCCAUCCUCCUCUCCCCGACCUUCGCCAGGGUAUCCCCUCAACCUUUGACUUUGAAUACGGUGGCAAGCAGCAGCCCAAAGAGCAGGAAUCACAAGAAGACAAGCUCGAUCUCACCUCCGAAGGAGGCGGCCGCAAGGGCGAGCGGGAGGAGCGCGAGUAUGAUAACAAGCAAUACGAGACUUCCGUCGACCGACGCCGCGCACAAAUGUCCAACUACCUCUACGCCUCCAUCCUCCUCGCCGCCAUCGGUGCCGGCCUCUACCUCUCCCGUCCCUUCAGCGUCCGCGACGACAUUCCUUCCGGCUUGGAGGCUGAAGAUGCCCAAGGCUGGUCUCCCAACAAGCUCCUCGCCCGAAUCCGCGCGAGAAUGGGCAAUCAGGWCAACUACUACACCGAACCUUCCUUCCCCAAACUCCUGCCCGACGUUCCCGAAUCCCAACGUCCUCCAUACACCCUGGUCCUCUCCCUGGAAGACCUCAUGAUCCACACCACCUGGGACACCAAACACGGCUACCGCACGGCGAAACGUCCGGGUAUCGACUACUUCAUCCGCUACCUCUCCCAAUACUACGAACUCGUCCUCUUCACCUCCGCUCCCCGCUCCAUGGCCGACCCCAUCAUGGCCAAACUCGACCCCUACCACUUCAUCAUGUGGCCGCUGGGGAGAGAGGCGACCAAGUAUGAAAAGGGUGAGUACGUCAAGGAUCUCUCCUACCUGAACCGACCGCUGAGCAAGACGUUGAUCAUCGACACCCACGCUCCACACGUCAAGAACCAGCCCGAAAACGCCAUUGUCCUCCCUAAAUGGAACGGCGACAAAUCAGACCCCCACGUCAAGGAUCUCGUCGCYCUCAUCCCCUUUUUGGAAUACGUCGCCACCAUGGGCAUCGAAGACGUCCGCACCGUCAUGAAGUCCUUUGAGGGAACCAACAUCCCCGAGGAGUUCGCGCGGAGAGAAGCACUGGCCCGCGAGAAGUUCCAGGCCCAACUCGCAGAAGAGCGGAAACGUCGGCCCAAGUUCUCCCUCGGAAGCAUUGCCGGCAGUCUCGGCGUGAAGAAUACCGGCGCUGCGGGGGGAAUGGUUCUGGGAGAUGGACAGUCCGUCGCCGAGGGCUUGGCGCAAGGGAAGAUGUUGAGCGAUCAGAUUCGAGAGCAAGGGCAGAGACAGUACGAGGCGUUGGAGAAGCAGAUCCGGGAGCACGGAGAGGAGUGGUUGGCGGAAGAGAAGGAGGAGAUCCGCAAGGCCACCGAGGCCCAGGCGAGGGAGAUGAAGGGGGGCGCCUUGGCCUGGUUUGGCGGUGGGGGGAAGAAGGAGUAA